ACCGCGACACACGUGGUACGAACUUCAUUUCCCAGCAUUCCGUUAUGCUUAGACAUCUAGAGCGCGUCCUUCUGCCUAGUAUGGCUCGUUUAAGUGAAGAUAUUCUUAAACUUGUACAUCAACGGGACACACUUAACAACAGGAGAAGAACUGUGAGGUGGAUGCAGCGCCGGGGAAUACUGAAACGAUCAAUGCGGUGCUGCAUUUGCACACGUCGUAUGCGACUGAGAGAAAGCGCGCGCAGUGAUGGUCUUACCUGGGUUUGCGGAACAAACCACAAAGCAAAGAAAACAUCAGUACGUUAUGGAUCUGUGAUGUACAAAUCUCGCAAAUCCCUGGCAAGAUGGCUGAUGUUCAUUUACAGAUUUUCUCAAGGUCUGCAGCUAAGACAACUUGACAUGCUUGAAGACGGGAUUGCUGGCAGUUCAAGAACGCUGACCAAAAUGGCACAUACAGUAAGAAAGCAGGUGUGCAUGAAAGCUGUUUCCCGUCUUAAAAGCAAAGGCAUGAAGGUUGGAGGUCGACAUCACUUCGUUGUUCUAGAUGAAAGUAAAUUCUCUCACAAAAGGAAGUACAAUCGAGGACGAUUUGGCAACAGCUGGCGUCGCAAACGGCAGUGGGUCUUCGGUAUGCUGGAGGUCGGGAUAACUACUAGAAGACCAAUCCUCAAACUUGUGAAAACACGCUCACGCCGUGUUCUUCUUCGUGUGAUCAGACACCAUGUCAAACGUGGAAGUUACAUAAUGAGUGAUGAAUGGCGUGCGUAUAGGGGUCAGCUCAGUCAGUAUGGAUAUCAACAUUUCUCUGUAUGCCACAAAGACAAUUUUGUUGAUGCCAGGACAGGCAGCCACACUCAGCAUAUUGAACGUGCUUGGCAGACAUACAAGGUGGACAUAUGGCGUCAUAGGGGUAAUCGCACAUCUAGACUGCUUAAGUACCACCUUAGGUUGAUUGAAUGGCGGUACUGGCUUGGAAAUAAACACCCUGAAGGUCUAUUGGGUAGACUGAUCCAUGAUUUGAAAAAAUUCCAAUGAUGGAUGAAGGUUAGGAUGAUUUGUUCAUUUGUAUCACUAUUUGGAUACUA